UUUUCUUAAACUUCAUCUUUUUCCUUUACACAGUUGUUUCAUUUCCUAAAAAGAGAUAGCACAGGGAUGAGCAUCUCUGUUAUCGACUUUGUGCGUACUUUUUUAUUAGAAGCGAAUAAUGAUAAGAAAGGCAGUACAUUGCCAGAUUUAUCAUGGAUAAAUGUAGGCAUUGCUUCAACCUUUAUUUUGAUCAAUGGUAUUAUAUCAUUAUCACUGGGGCUGAAGCUCGAAAAAUCACUUUUGACGAGCUCUAUACGUUGCAUUGUUCAAUUAACGUUCAUGGGUUAUAUCUUGGAGAAUAUUUUCAACGCAAAGAACCCAUAUUUAGUGAUGUUGAUGACCUUUGCCUUGAUAUUCCUCAGUUCAUGUGAAACGGCUUAUAAUAAAACAGAUUGGUCUUAUUCAGGGAUGUUUCCAUCCGUUUUACUAUCAACAGCAUUUUCAACUAUAUUCAUUGGGAUUAUAGGAACACGAUACGCCAUGGCAGAAAAGAACUUUUGGCUACCAGAGUUUUUUAUACCUACUAUUGGCUUGUUGCUAGGCAUCACUUCUGGUGCAAUGGCAGUAGGGUUAUCUACUUGCCUGACAAAAGCAGGCAGACAAGCGGAACAAAUCGAGACGUAUUUGAGCUUUGGAGCGAGUCGUUGGGAAGCAGGGAGAGCAGUAGCCAUUGAAGCUAUCCGUAUCGCCAUGUUACCGAGCAUCAAUAAUAUGUCAGUCGUCGGCUUGAUUACAAUUCCGGGUGCCAUGACCGGUCAGAUUCUUGGCGGAGCACCUAUUAUGAAUGCAGUAAGAUACCAGCAAAUUGCUACCUUCAUGAUUUCUGCUACAACAGGUUUAGCUGUUCUAUCAGUGGUUUAUGUGAGUCACUUUUUCUGCCCAAUGAUAACAUUCGAAUACUGCUAUAUUGACGCUUGAAUGGCUAGUUCUGCAUUCAUCAUUUGAUAGAUAAAAGACAUCGUCUGCGGCCAGAAAGGGUUCAUAAAUACAAAGCAAACAUCUUUCAUGAUAUAAAGGCGAUGUUUUUAGACGUGUGGCAUGGAUUUUCGGAUUUGGAAGAACAGUAUCAAAACCAUUGAAACCGAAAAAGAAUCAUGCAAAGUUCUGGUAGCUUGGUCAUCUGCCGUUUCUAUUUUUGGUGAUCCUCAUUUAACUUGUAUUUCUCCCGCACUCCUUUUUAUCUAAACCAAUUGCAAGUCAAUGCUUAAUACCUCUUUCUCUUUUCGUAUUCAAUCCUUUUUUUU